UCUUCAGUUUAUACGUAUUUCUUCCCAUAGCAUUUUAAUUUCCCUAUCUGCAGACAAGAAAAUAUCAUUUUCAAACUCAUUUUAUUUGGUUUGUAUAGGCAUAGACGUGUAGGGAAGAUUAAAAUGGGCUGAGUGAAAUUGAAAAUGAAGCGGAUAGAAAACAACACAAAUCUACAAGUCACGUUUUCGAAGCGAAGGAAUGGGCACAUCAAGAAGGCCUACGAGAUUUCCGUACUUUGUGACAUUGAUCUCGCUCUCAUCAUGUUCUCUCCUUCUGGCAGCCUUACUCAUUUCUCUAGCAAAACAAGGAUCGAACACGUGUUUCAUCGUUUCAUAAAUCUUUCUGACCAAGAAAGAGUGAGUGGCAUAUCUUCCCCAAGCAGAGACAGAGGAGACUCUAGUGAUACGCUUGAAAUUAGCGAGUGUUUGGGCCGCACCCUCAACCAGCUCAAGACUGAAAAUGAAGUUGCCCUUCAACAUACAAAGACAAAUACUCAAGGAGUCACAAAAUUGCGGGUCGAGGAAAUUGUCCAGGAAAUAGGUUGGUUAAACCAACAACUUGAGACAGCCGAAGAGCAAUUAAGUAUGUUUGAACCUGAUACAUCAAGUAUGAACUCUUUGGAGGAGCUUGAGUCAUGCCAAAAACAAAUUGAAGACAUAUUGUCCACUGUCACAGAGCGAAAGGAAUGUUUGCUAAACAACUAUGCAUCCUCUUCUCAUACUCCAUCUUGUCUGCAGGUAAAUUACCUGAACUUCCUUUCAUAAUAUAAAAUGGUGUGGGAUUUCGAGUCCCAAAAAAGGGAUCCGAUAACGGAUUAUUUAAGGCAAUUUGUGGGCCAUUUUCGUGCUCACUUUGAUGAUACUCCCUCCAUUCCUAGUUGUUAGUCCCCCUUGAGAAUUUCAACUUUUUAAAUUUAUGUGCAAAAAACUUUAUAUUUACAGUAUUGUUUACGUUUGCUAGAUACUUUUGGAAAACCAUCAAAUCUAUACUUUUUUAGAAAGGGAUCAACAUUUUGGAACAACCCAAAAAAAGAAUAAUGGACUAUCAAUUAGGAACAAAGAGAGAGUAACUGGUGAUAUAAACAAAGUAGCUUUCUAGAGCUUGUUAAAACCAUGCUAAAGAUCACAUUGAUCAGAUAUCAAUUGCUUUAUAGAGAGGAUCCAAAAACCUUUGGCAAUCUAUUUCCCUAUCUCUUAUCUAUUCUCAGCAGUACGGUGUUGU